AUGUCCGACUCUCCCCAAUCCAAUCCAAAGGAUGUCGAACAAGGUGCACCGUCGGGUGACGACGAAGGACAAAUGAACGACCCUCAGGACCCACACUCGACCGGGCUCGGCUACGAGUUCGAGGUUAAAGAGCAGGAUCGGUGGCUACCCAUAGCCAAUGUGGCCCGUAUCAUGAAGACGGCGCUCCCCGAGAAUGCCAAGAUUGCCAAGGAGGCAAAGGAGUGCAUGCAGGAGUGUGUCAGCGAGUUCAUCUCGUUCAUUACCAGUGAAGCUUCUGAGAAGUGCCAGCAGGAGAAGAGGAAAACGGUGAACGGCGAGGAUAUCCUCUUCGCCAUGAGCUCUCUCGGUUUUGAAAACUACGCAGAGGCCCUCAAGAUCUACCUGUCAAAGUACCGGGAGGUAUGUCAAUCCCAGUCCAACCGGGGCGAGAACCAACAGAACAGGCCGAGCAGCCAAGGCUAUGGCGCUACUGGCGGCUCAAACCCUGCUGGUGGUUUUGGCGCCGGCCUCCCUGGCCAGCAAGAAGGCGGGGAUACUCAGAGCUACAACCUCUACGGCGCUCAGCCCGGCCAUAACGGUACCGGAACCGAAUAUUGA